CCUGCGCGUCCAUCACCUCUCUGACGUUCAAGUUCGCAGGAAACGUCACGUCCGCACUUGAACUUGCAGCUCAGGGGGGGCUUCGCCGUACCCCCGUCCUCCUCCUCUGUGUUCAGAAAGUCAUGAAGACCUCCGCACGGCGCACCGCUCCGAGCGCCUCUCCGUCCGCGUGAUCCGCCGCGACUACUCUCGGUAGCAGAGCAUCCAUGAAGACGUUUCCUCCGGACUCUUAACUCGCCGCCGGAGUUCCGAUGUGAGCUUGGAUCCCGCAGAGCCACCAUGUCUCGCCGUAAGCAGGGCAAGCCGCAGCACUUGAGCAAACGGGACUUUACGCCGGAGCCGGUGUCGGGCGUCCUGGCAGAAGAGGAGCUCCUGGACCCCCCCAGGCUGGGGGAGGCCCUGAAGGGGGACCCCGACCUGCUGACCUGUGGCCAGUGCCAUGCCCGCUUCCCCCUGGCCGACAUCCUGCUCUUCAUCCAGCACAAGCGCCGCCAGUGCCAGGGCCGCCUCUGCAACGACAAGCAGGCCCCCGACCGGCCCCCCGCCUCCCCCGUGGGCUCCCCGCUGUCCACCGCCUCCCCGCUCGCCCGCCGCCCCCCCCAGCACCCCAUGCAGCACCUCAUGCAGCACCCGCAGCACCCGCGCCGGGCCUGCCACCCCGUGGACGCCGCCUCGCAGGUGUCGCCGUACGCCCGGGAUUGUUUAUCCGCCCCCACACAAGGAAUAAUCCCCAAGCAGGAAGUCAUGACAGGUAAACAACAUGGCCGCCGCCGCCGCCGCCGCACCGUGUAAACAAACUGCGGGAGAGAGGGUCUCUCCUGAUUGGUCCAGGGGAGCCGAGGCUCCGGUGGGCUGGAUGGAACCCGCUGGUUUUGGUUCCUGCUGGUUUUGGUGUCUGCUGGUUUUGGUUCCUGCUGGUUUUGGUUCCUGCUGGUUUUGGUUCCUGCGGGUUUUGGUGUCUGCUGGUUUUGGUGUCUGUCUGCUGGUUUUGGUGUCUGUUUUCUUUCUGCUCUAUCUGCUCUCGCGGGACCGGGCUUUGCUCCGUGUGUGUCCCGGUGUGUGAGGCCGCUGUGUCGUACGGGACACGCUGCAGACGCCCCUCGGCCUCGAAGCGGAGCGCCGUCAUAUCUCUACGGCUCGCCCGUGCUCGGCGCUCGACGGAAAUGCGCAGCGCCUGAUUGGCCGGGCUCUGAUGUGGAGGAGGACGUCUCUAAUCCAGCGCUCACACCAGCACUCAGAUGCUCGGCUUUGGGAAAAUGUUUUCCGCCUUUGACGCUAAAAUUAACAAAAGGAGAUAGGAAGGAAUGUAAUUGCACUCAACUGUCGAGGAAGGAACCUUUAUUUGAGGUGUGCCACCGACCACUAAUUGUCGACGUUUCUCCUGAUUCGCUUAAUGAAGGGCUUAAGGUUGGUUUGUCAGCCAGCCGUUUGAUUGGUCGGUCCACCGCCGCCUAAAAGAGGAGAAAGCGUUCCCGCUGUCCAAACAAGUACGUGUCAAUUAUGGAAACCGGCGCCGUUUCAUUUAGAUUUCUCCCCGUCAACGCGUCAGAAACACCAGCGGAGAACGGGCAGCGUUCUGUGAAGUCGGAGAGACCGCUCCGUGCGAUAGUGUGUAGUUUGGCUUUGUGCGAUAGUGUGUAGUUUGGCUUUGUGCGAUAGUGUGUAGUUUGGCUUUGUGCGAUAGUGUGUAGUUUGUUAAACAUCUGCCGUACUUGUGGCCGUAGCAACCAUUUCUGUCCACGCACACUGACUCCCAUUCUCUCCCCUCCUCUCUCUGUCUCUCUCUCCCUCUCUAUCUCUUACUUACUUAUUAUUUACACACACCCACCCUCUCACACAGACACACACAGACACACACACAGCCCCCCCGUCGCCAUGGCUCCUGGGCCUGUCAGCUGGUGGGCCACGCUCUCCUCAUGGUCUCCAUGGCGUCGGGGAGGUCAGCUGAUCGCGUGGGUCAGUGGCGUUACGCUCCGCUCUCUAUUUCUCGCCCCUGAUGUGCAAUGAGGAGAUGCUUUGUAAUAACGCGGUCGUAUGAGGCGGUGUUAUGAGCUGGGAGUUUCAUAAUGAAGGGAUGACCUGCCCCGCCCACCCUUCCUGUGUUGUACUUCAAAACAUGUAAAGUCGAGAUUAUUGACUUCAUGUUUCCACUCUAGUCGGUGAAGGAGUGACGAGUGUCGUGCGUCAACCUUUUGGCCGUAUGUUUUAGAAGUUAUGUCUCAGAUCACAGAACGGACGGAUCACUGUGGUCCAACGUUAAGGGAAGGAAGUGUCUCAAAGAGAAUCGUCAAAGAGAUGAGUGAGAGCUACACACACACACACACACACACACGCACGCAC